AUGUUCAGACUUUUGCUCAAUUCGAUUCUGCUGAUCGCGGCCGUCAUCAUCGGGGUGGCCAACUACAAUGGCUUGCCCACCUCUGCUCUGGACGUGCGAGAUUCUCUACUUCCCAUGAUGUGGAGAUACUCGGGAAUCGAGCCCGUCAACAACAACUGUCACGUGGUGGAGGGCGUGGAGGCGUGUGAGGACGCCAAGUACGACGAGGAGAGUGGACUGGUGUUCAUGGCGUGCGGUAACGCCGAGGCUCGAAAAAAGUGGUUCCCUGGAACCGGAUUCUUCAUGGACCCCGAGACUGCUCGACACCAGGUGGACCAGAUCUUUGUGUUCGAUCCCAAGACUGAGAAGAUCCAGAACGUGCACGUCAAGGACUUUGAGGGUCAUACUUUUACCUCCCACGGUCUCGACGUGUUCACUCUCAAGGAUGGAACCAAGAUCAUUGCCGCUGUCAACCACAAGGCUGACGCUUCGGUCAUCUCCUUCUUCAAGGUCAACCACCCUGGAGAAGUUGCUUACAUUGGCGAAAUCAAGGAUGACCUUCUCAAGAUCCCCAACUCCGUUGCUCUGUUCUACACCCCCGAGGGCCAGCUGGGCUUUGUGGCUACCAAUGACCAUGUGGAGCGUGAGGGACCCAAGCGUCAGGUGGCUGAGAUUCUUGGUCUCAAGGCUACCUAUCUCGUCUAUUGCGCUGUUGACAUUGACAAUGGAGUCACUGGAAAGUGCCACAAGGUCGCCGAUCAUCUUGUCUAUCCCAACGGUAUUGCUCAUAUCCCCGGCACUCACGACUUUGUGCAGUCCGACUCUCGAGACGCCAAAAUCAAGCACUGGAGCUGGAACUCCACGUCGCAGAAGCUGGAUCUCAACUCGGCUACCAUGGUCGGAGCACCCAUGGAUAACGUGCGUGUAAUUCCCGGCACCAAGGACGUCAUGGUGGCAGCCUUCCCCAAUGUGCUCCAGGUGAUGCACAAGUACAAAAACAUGGAUGACAAGAACUCUCGGGUCAAGACUGUUGGUCUGCGACUCAAUCACAACGAGGGCUACAAGAUCCCCCACGUGAUCCACAAGUCCAACGACGACUAUGGCGUCUUUGUCAACACUGUCUACAACUACUUCCCCAAGGAGAACAAGAUUCUGGCUGGUUCGUGUUUCGCCAAAGGUCUAGUUGUCUGUAACGGUCCUGAUGGAGCCCAGGCCCAGAAGAUUGUCGAGGAGGAGGUCAACAAGAACGUUGAUAUUGACGAGGAUGAGGAGGAGGAUGAGGACUAA